AUGAGAGCUGACAUGCUAGUUGCUUUAGCAGAAACUCCAGAGACAAAAAUGGACGUGACCUCAUCAUCCAACCAGUCCUCAGCUAACACCCAGAGCCAAGUCAACAGUCAAUGUGAACACAUUGAUAAAUCAGGCCACCUCUUCUUUGCACUGGCCUACAGUCUGGUGUGUGUGGUGGGUUUGGUCCUCAACGGCUUCACCCUGAAGGUUUACUUCUGCUCAGCUCAGCGGCAGGUGUCCAACAUCAUGAUGGUCUACCUGAAGAACCUGGCAGCCUCUGACUUCCUGCUCUGCCUCUGCCUCCCCUUCUAUAUAGCCAACUACGUCAGCAGCUCCGUCACUCUCCGCCUGGUCCACUGCAUCUUUGCCUCCUGCGCCUUUUACCUCAACAUGUACGCCAGCAUCCUGUUCAUGGGUUACAUUGCUGCUGACAGGUAUUUUAAAAUCAUCCAUCCUUUAAGAACUCACAUCCUGCGAACAGUGAAGGCUGCCCGCAUCAUCUCCACGGUAACCUGGGUUUUCUUCUUGGCCCUUAUGACCUCCUACAUCACCCUGUGGCACCUCACCAAGCCAGAAUUGACCUUUGUCCCUGACAAAUGUGACACCUUGGAAAGCCCCCAGGUCAUUGUAUUCUACAAAAUCAUCCACGUCGGCUCCGCCACCACAUUCCUGUUUGUCCUUGUCUGCAUGAUCUUCUUCUACUACAGCGCCUCACGCAGUUUGUUGCAGGCACAGCAGAGGCAGCUGGCAUCCUCCAGCUGCCAGAAGCUCAUGAGGUCAAACAGGAAAAUGUUGGUUCUGGUCAGCGUCUUCUGUGUUUGUUUUGUGCCCUACCACCUCACUCUCAUUCCCUAUGCCUUACUGAGGAAGUAUUGCUCCUUACGCCUGGUGUUGCACUACCUGAUUGAAGGGACCAUCUUACUGUCAGUCUUCAAUGUCUGUCUGGAUCCAGUCAUCUACUUCUUCAGCUGUAAGGCCUUUCGGACCAAUCUGAACCUGGAGAGAGUGUUCACCAGGAACAAAACCUCCACAAACAUGGAUGAGCUGGUAGGAGUGGGAGUGACCUCAUUUACCAACCAGACCGCUGAUGAUGAUGAUGAUAUCAAUCAAUGUGAUCAGACAGACACAAAGGCUCACCUCUUCUUCAUGGUGGUCUACACUCUGGUGUUUGUAGUGGGUUUGGUCCUCAACAGUCUCACCCUGAAGGUUUACUUCUGCUCAGCUCAGCAGCAGGUGUCCAGCAUCAUGAUGGUCUACCUGAGAAACCUGGCAGCCUCUGACUUCCUGCUCUGUCUCUUCCUUCCCCUCCGCAUCAUCAAGUACAUCAGCAGCUCCGUCACCUUCCAAAUGGUUUACUGCAACUUUGCCAUCUUUGGAUUGUACCUCAACAUGUACGCCAGCAUCCUGUUCAUGGGUUACAUCGCUGCUAACAGGUAUCUGAAGAUCAUCUAUCCUUUAGGAAAUCACUUCCUGCGGACAGUUCAGGCUGCCCGCAUCAUCUCCACGGUAACCUGGGUUUUCCUGCUGGCCCCAGUGAUCAUGUAUGUCACCCUGUCACUCCUCACACAGGAAGCUCCGACUGUUGUCACUAACAGUUGUGAAAGCUUGCACAGCUCCCAGGUCCAUGUAUUCUACAAAAUCAUCCACAUCUGCUCCGGCAUCACCUUCCUGGUUGUCCUGGUCUCUCUGGUCUUCUUCUACCACAGCGCCUCCCGCAGUGUGUUGCAGGCACAGCAGAGGCAGCUGGCAUCCUCCAGCUGCAAGAAGCUCAGGAGGUCACGCAGGAAAAUGUUGGUGCUGGUCAGCGUCUUCUGCGUUUGUUUUGUGCCUUACCACCUGGUCCGCCUUCCCUACAUCUUCCUACACAGGCAGUGCUCUUUGAGCAAAGUGUUUUACUACCUGAAGGAGGUGACCGUCCUGCUGUCGGUUCUUAAUGUCUGCCUGGAUCCGGUCGUCUACUUCAUGUUGUCUAAGGCGUUCCGGGCGCAGCUGAUCAUCCACAUUGCAAAGAGGGGAAAUGAAGGGCAGCCGAGAGCCACCAACAAAACUCCAGAGACAAAAAUGGACGUGACCUCAUCAUCCAACCAGUCCUCAGCUAACACCCAGAGCCAAGUCAACAGUCAAUGUGAACACAUUGAUAAAUCAGGCCACCUCUUCUUUGCACUGGCCUACAGUCUGGUGUGUGUGGUGGGUUUGGUCCUCAAUGGCUUCACCCUGAAGGUUUACUUCUGCUCAGCUCAGCGGCAGGUGUCCAACAUCAUGAUGGUCUACCUGAAGAACCUGGCAACCUCUGACUUGCUGCUCUGCCUCUGCCUCCCCUUCUACAUAGCCAACUAUGUCAGCAGCUCUCUCACCCUCCGCCUUAUUUACUGCACUUUUGCCUGCUGCGCAUUUUACGUCAACAUGUACGCCAGCAUCCUGUUCAUGGGUUACAUCGCUGCUGACAAGUAUUUUAAGAUCAUCCAUCCUUUAAGAACGUACUUCCUGCAGACAGUGAAGGCUGCCCGCAUCAUCUCCAUGGUAACCUGGGUUUUCCUCCUGGCUGUUGUGAUCUCCUACAUCACCCUGUGGCACCUCACCAAGCCAGAAUUGACCUUUGUCCCUGACAAAUGUGACGCCUUGGAAAGCCCCCAGGUCAUUGUAUUCUACAAAAUCCUCCACAUCUGCUCCACUGCCAUCUUCCUGUUCGUCCUUGUCUGCAUGAUCUUCUUCUACUACAGUGUCUGCCACGUUGCGUUGCUGGCACAGCAGAGGCAGCCGCAAUCCUCCAGCUCCAAAAGACAUGUCAGGUCAAGCAGGAAACUGUUGGUGCUGGUCAGCAUCUUCUUUGUUUGUUUUGUGCCCUACCACCUCUCUAUUAUUCCCAGUGCCUUACUGAAGAGGUAUUGCUCCUUACGCCUGGUGUUGCACUACCUGAUUGAAGGGACCAUCUUACUGUCAGUCCUCAAUGUCUGUCUGGAUCCGGUCAUCUACUUCUUCAGCUUUAAGGCCUUUCGGACAAAUCGGAACUUGAAGCAGAUGUUCAGCAUGAACAAGCAAACACCAAGCACAGAAACAAGAAGGAAGGAGGGGCAGCUGAGCAUCAUCCACACCAACUGA